UGUAUCACAGUUAGUGCAGCUGUAUUUACAGCCCCACUGUCCUUCCCACGAGAAUGCAGUUAUUGUCAUUUACAUUAUUUCCCAAGAGGUUGCUUUAUAGCAACAGCUCCGUUUAUGUAAUCCUGCAGUGACUGCCUCUGUUGUAGUAUUUUGCAUUAGUGUCGCGCAGCGAGCAGAGGAAAGAGUGCGUGCUCCGAUCACGCGAGUACGAUGGAGGGCUCGUCGGGGGAAGGUGACCUGUUUACCGUCAAACACGAGCUCAGAAACGCCAAUCUGACGGGUCACGUGGAGCGAGUGGGCAUUGAGAACUUUGAGCUGCUGAAAGUGCUGGGAACAGGAGCCUACGGCAAGGUGUUCUUGGUUCGCAAGGUGAGCGGCCAUGAUUCAGGUAAACUCUAUGCCAUGAAGGUGCUGAAAAAGGCCACUAUUGUGCAGAAGGCGAAGACGGCAGAGCACACACGCACGGAGAGACAGGUCCUCGAGCAUAUCAGACAGUCUCCUUUCCUGGUUACACUCCAUUAUGCCUUCCAGACAGACACCAAACUGCAUCUCAUUCUAGACUAUGUGAACGGAGGUGAGCUCUUCACGCAUUUGGUUCAAAGAGUUCGCUUUAAAGAGCAAGAGGUUACCUUGUACAGCGGGGAGAUUGUACUAGCACUGGAGCACUUGCAUAAGCUGGGAAUCGUCUACAGAGACCUAAAACUUGAGAAUAUACUUCUUGAUUCAAGCGGUCACAUCGUGUUGACGGAUUUUGGUCUUAGUAAGGAAUUUCAUGAGGUAGAGAGAGCUUAUUCCAUCUGUGGCACUAUUGAAUACAUGGCCCCUGAGAUUGUAGCAGGAGGAGAGUCGGGACAUGACAAGGCGGUGGACUGGUGGAGCAUGGGAGUUCUGAUGUAUGAGCUGUUGACCGGAGGCUCUCCUUUCACAGUCGAUGGCGAUGAGAACUCUCAUUCUGACAUUGCCGAGAGAAUUAUGAAAAAGGAUCCUCCAUUCCCCAAAGACUUGGGGCCUCUGGCCAAAGACAUUAUCCAGCGAUUACUAAAUAAAGACCCAAAGAAGAGGCUGGGCUCAGGGCCCUCAGGGGCCCAGAAUGUGAAAAGCCAUCCAUUUUACCAGAAAAUGAACUGGGAGGAUCUAGCUGCUAAGAAGGUUCCGGCUCCAUUUAAGCCUGUAAUUCGUGAUGAGCUGGAUGUUAGCAACUUUGCAGAUGAGUUUACAGAGAUGGACCCGACAUACUCCCCAGCGGCACUUCCAAACAACUGUGACCGCAUCUUCCAGGGCUAUUCCUUCAUGGCUCCCUCCAUCCUGUUUAAGAGGAAUGCGGUAAUGGACGACCCGGCUAAGCUGUGCGGCGGGUCAGAGAGGCCGGGCUCCGCAGCUGUUGCCCGUAGUGCUAUGAUGAAGGACUCUCCGUUCUACAUGAACUAUGAGAUGGACCUGAGGGAGAGCGCUCUGGGAGAGGGAAGCUUCUCCAUCUGCAGACAGUGCACUCACAAAAAGACUGGACAGAAAUACGCUGUAAAGAUUGUCAGUAAAAGAAUGGAGGCACAAACACAGAAAGAGAUCGCUGCUCUCAAACUGUGUGAUGGACAUCCCAACAUAGUCAAGCUACAUGAGAUCUACCAUGACCAGCUACACACAUAUCUUGUUCUGGAGCUCCUGCAAGGUGGAGAGCUGCUGGAGAGGAUCAGAAGGAAGCAGCACUUCAGUGAGACGGAGGCCAGCCGCAUCAUGCGCAGACUGGUGUCUGCCGUCAGUUACAUGCAUGACGUUGGUGUGGUGCACAGGGACCUCAAACCUGAGAAUUUGCUAUUCACUGACGACACUGAGAAUUCGGAAAUAAAAGUUAUUGACUUUGGCUUUGCACGGCUCAAACCUCCUGACAAUCAGCUCCUGAAGACCCCCUGUUUCACUCUUCAGUACGCUGCACCGGAAAUCCUCAAAUACAAUGGUUAUGAUGAGUCCUGCGACCUCUGGAGUUUAGGAGUCAUUUUGUACACCAUGCUAUCUGGCCAGGUCCCAUUUCAGUGCCAGGGGAAGAGUCUAAUGCACACCAGUGCAGAAGAGAUUAUGAAGAAGAUCAAACAAGGAGACUUCUCUUUCGAAGGUGAAGCCUGGAGGAAUGUGUCCAGUCAUGCUAAGGAUCUGAUACAAGAGCUGCUGACGGUGGACCCUGACAAACGGAUAAAAAUGUGUGGCCUACGCUAUAAUGCCUGGCUGCAGGAUGACAGUCAGCUCUCCUCCAACCCGCUUAUGACCCCUGACAUCCUGGGAUCUUCUACCAAAUCAGUGCACACCUGUGUCAAAGCCACCUUCAAUGCCUUUAAUAAGUGUAAGCGGGAAGGCUUCCGACUCCAGACGGUUGACAAGGCUCCUUUGGCCAAACGCAGGAAGAUGAAGAAGACCAGCACCAGCACAGACACCCGCAGCAGCUCCAGCGAGAGCACGCACUCAUCAACCUCUUCCUCCCAGUCUCAGGAUAAGACGCCACCAGGCGGAGAGACAGCCAUUAUCCACCAGGCCUCCGUGAGCACACCUUUCACUCUGGGCCCUGACGAUGAGCCCUCCCAGGGUGAGCCCCAGCCUGCCUUCACCAUUACAGAGUGAACCUGUCUGAGAAACAAACAACAGGAUAGGUUACGUAAUUCUCCCACCAUUCGUUCUUCUCACACUCUGGCAAGGUGUACAACUCCAGAAUUUGCAUGCGGGGACCAACUCAAAUCCACCACUAGCAAUAGAUGCACACCAUGAGCAUUGAAGACAGAGCUUGAGUGAACUUCUGGUUCAAGUCCCGCAUGGCUAAAACUCACUGCAUCCAGUCCAGUGUCACAAACAAGAGGGAGAACUUCACUUUGAGGAGCAACAAAUCCUUCCACUGAUGGAGAAAAGGAAAGUCUGCUUCUGCAGUGUUUUGACAGACCAGGCACUUUGUUUCAGGCAAAAAAAGAAAGGGAUAUGUAUUUUAAAAUAAUAUAAAUAUAAUUUAUUUAAGAGGAAAUUUAUUGUUUAUGCAGAUUUCUCUCAAAUUUGGUAUAUAAUAGAAUUCAGUAUAUAACAAAUUUGUAAAAAUGACAGCUCCAUUUGUGCUGGGAGCUUUGUGGUAUUGAUUCACAUAUCUAACUUAAAUCUUUGGCUUCUUCCAAAAGAUUUUACUGAAGUAGCAACAGUUAGGUGUAAUAGUUUCCGUGUGAACAUUUCAUUGCAAAACUCGUUAAUUAUCCUUUGCAAGGUAAAAAAGACGGUUUGUUUCAUAUUGACCUGUUAUUUGAAUUUUCUGUUGAGAUCCUUUCCUCAGGUUAUUUAUUUGUUCAUUUAAACUUGAACUCAUUUUUUAAGAAUUGAAGACAAAGCCACUGGCUAAAGGUGCGGUCACAUUUACCUUUGCUCUAAGAAUUUUUGUGGGCGAAAUCUAGUUAUGUCAAUAGGAAUCUGCACAAUUAGAAAUUUUGCAUAGGAGCGAAAGAUUUCCCCACGCAGAUUUUGCAUCAGGUUCAGUUUUUUCACACAAAUUUGAUACAUUGACCAACAAGAAGCUGCUUGGUUUGAAAGUGACUUCUGUGUGAGCAUUACUUUGUGCAUUGCUACAAUAUUGACAGUGGACAAUGGACAUUUUUUGGUUUAUCGCUGAAAUUGAGUUGUUGCUUUGGAUGUUGUUUUACUCGGAGACUUCGUCACUCAAGGUUUUAUGGCCGAGUAUAAGUUUAAGCUGGGAUUGAAUCUGCUUAAACUCAACAUGCAAUCAAAUUUGACUAAUUUUUAAAUUUUGAAUGCACCAGAUUAUUUUGUAAACUUGGCACAC